UGCUCCGGCGCAUGCAACAUACGCGGCCUGGCGUCCACGCGCGACUAACGCCACCGCGGAAAAAUCAUUCAAACCUCGAACGACUUGAAAACUUUUUUCGAAUUUUGUGCCAGUGUUUAGCUAUAGCUGUAAAAAUGAAACUUUUUAUUUUAUUUGCAAUCGCCUUGUGCGCAUACGCAGCCGAUGUGAAAGAGACAGAAAAGAAAUCCGAAACAAAAUUGAAAACAGAAGAUGAUGCGCUAAACAAGGACAAAAGACAAACGCAAGAGGAAUAUCUACCAGGGCAGCUGGUAUACAGAGUGCCCAGGAAACAGAAAGCCGCGCCAGUUCAAGAACCACAAGACGAGGACAGAAAUAACAGACAAGACUCACAAGAAUACCGUCCAGGUCAGGUGUUUUCACUAAACGCCCAGGAGUUGCUGGAAUUCCAGCAAGAGAGGAAGGCACCACUGAGCAGCAACCAGCUGCUGCAGCAGUUGCAGCUGUAUGGCCAGGAAAAACCCAACCCUCAGCAGUUUUACUACGUCGAGCCGCAGGCCGCACGUCAGGUGGCCUACCAGCCGUCCCACGCAGUCAUAGCUCGCCCGCACUACUCCGCGGACGGAGGAGAAGCAUCAGUGGGGGCCGCGCUCUCUGUCAGUGACUCCGGUCCCAGUUCCAGCAGCUCCUUCGACCAGGAACUCCUGGCACUGCUUGGCCAUCAGGUUGGUCAGGACGACCGGCAGUAUCAGCAGCAGACCGUAUCGCAGAAUGCGCCGGCGCCGCAGUAUCAACAGGUGGACAGAUACAUCACCAAACCUAGCAAGAAACCAACGAAAUUGCGGCCAAAGGUGGCUACCCCACCACAAGUCCCACAACCAUUGCCUGCAGGCGCGCCUCAGCAAUACUUAAUUGAAACCACCAACGUCCAACAACAGCCUCAACAGCCACAACCCCAAAUACAGUAUAGACCAGCCCCUCAGGCACAAAGACCAGCUCAAGCUUUAAGAUACGUCCCUAUUCCUUCUCCGCAGCCUGAUCUCCAACAAGUCUUGUACGAACGCCCUGAAUCUCAAGGCCUCAAAAUCGUUCCCGCUCCCAAACUACAACAGCAACAACCUCGCCAACAAUUGUCAUUCCGACUUAUUCCCCAAUUCCAACAACCUGAAGCUACUCCUAAGCAAUAUAGAAUCAUUGACGCUCCAGUCAGACAGCCAGUUAGACAGGAACAAAGAGCACCAGCGGUUGAAAGGCCUUUGACUUACCUGAAACGCUACCCAGACCCUGAAAAAGUACGUGCUGUCAAGAUAUAUGAUCCGGAAAUUGCUGCCGGACAGCAACCUCAGAUUGUUGGUGAGCAAUAUUAUCUUCGUCCAUACUACAGGCAAAACGAGCCUUUGAGGCAAGAACGUCUACGAUACGAGUCACCCCUGCCCGCGAGACCUGACGCUGACCCUCCACGGGCACCUGAACCUACGAAACCUCCUCACUCCGCUAUCUACGUUAGUAAAAACCUGGCACCUAAAAAAUCUAGAGUGCAAUCUAGACCUGAAGAAGUAAGGAUUGAUCAGUCUUCAAGGGAGCAAUAUAGACAAGAACCGACGUACAGACAAGAGCCCAAUUAUAGACAGAGUCAAAGAUUAGAGCAACAAGUUAAUUUGGAACAGCACGGGCAAAGUUUGGACAACCGACGAGUACAGUUACCUCCUCCGAAGAACAACAAGGCGUACACUCCUGAAGAAUUUGCGGCAUUAGUUGCAGCUGGUUACUCUGUGACACCAGUACCUGUGAGUGCUCUGAAUGCUCAAGCCGCACAGUCCAGGUCCUCAGAAGAUCUGUCUCCCAUCACCAUCCCUCAGCAAAGCCGCAGACCACUGUACAGGAGACCUCAGUACCUGCCUCUCAGAGGAGACGACGCGCCUUAAACUGGACCUUGAACAUUAGCUGUAACUUUGUAAAUUAAAAUAGUGAUAAUUGAC